AUGCGGGAACAUUUGGCGCACGACCUUGUUUGCAUUAAUCAGGACGGCACUGCACUCGUCCAAAUAUCCCUGGGUACUCGAACUGACUCUGUAGGCUGCAAAUUGCAACAAAAAGCACCAGAAACUGCCAAUAAUCAGCGAGUACCAUUCUACAGAGAGGAAAGGACUGACAAAUAUUUAAAGGGAAGCACCGGCAUCGAAAGUUCGAGCAGACUGUGGACCGACGGGACUCGGGACUUUGGAGGCGAUAGUCCGAAUCCAAGUCUUGAAAUCACCGACACUGUCACAAACCUAUCUUCCCUGUCCUUGACCUCUCACCAGCUACAACUCCUUGGCUUCGGUCUUUCCGCCCUCCGCCCUCACCCCCUUACCUCCAUCGACAUUAUUUCCUCCUUUGACCGUUUCAUCUCUUCUCAUAGGAACUCUUUGCCUGAUGUGUCUCUCCUUCGUGGUGCUUUCAUCCCGGCCCUCGAAUCUCUCCUCCAUCCCAACCCUUCCAUUCCCAGGAGUUACCGUGAGGCCCUUCAAAACCUACGCAGGGAGGACGUCACCAUUCUGCCUUCUGACAAGGGCAACUCGGUGGUGGUCCUCGACCGUGCCUCUUACCUGCAGAAGGCCCAGGACCUGUUGGAUGACGCCUCUACUUAUGCUCCCCUGACCAGUGACCCCCGUGAACGCAUUGCUGCUACCUUCCACCGUCGCCUGAAAGAGAUAGCAGCCUGUUUUCCGGAGGCAAAUCUCUACCAGAGGUUCAGGGUCAUCAACCCUCGACUCCCUCAUUUCUAUGGGCUUCCUAAAACCCAUAAGCCGGCCGUGCCUCUGCGCCCCAUCAUCUCCUCCCGGGGAUCUGUGACGCACCCUCUGCUGGCGAAGUGUCUCACUCCCCUUCUUGGCACCUUCUCUCCUGCUCACCUGCGCCACUCUCAGGACUUCAUCUCCCGCGUUCGUGGAGUAUCACCGGCGACCAUGAUGAGCUUGGACGUUGACUCCCUGUUCACCAAGGUCCCUCUUGAUGAUGUCCUUGCUUUCCUCCAGAGGAGACUCCCCGCAGAGGAUCCUCGUCUUCCUCUGCCCACCGACGUCUUUAUCCAGCUGAUUCGUCUGUGUGUGGAGUCUAAUUCUUUUUCUUUCGAAGGUCGCUUCUACUCUCAGACGUUCGGUGUUGCCAUGGGCUCUCCCCUCUCUCCAGUCCUGGCAAACCUGUUCAUGGAAUUCUUCGAGUCUGAGCUUCUCCCUUCCAUCUCCCUUCGGCCGUCGAUCUGGAUAAGGUAUGUCGACGAAGUCUUUGCUCUCUGGCCUCAUGACCUUGCUCUGUUUCCGGGUUUCCUGAUGCAGCUGAACUCUCUCUCUCCUUCCAUUCGUUUCAAGGUGGAAUGGGAGGUUGACAACAAGCUCCCUUUCCUGGACACCCUAGUCCAUUGCUCUGCUGACCACUUCUCCUUCUCCAUAUACAGGAAACCCUUGCAUAGUGGUAUGUACAUACACUUCUUCUCAAACCAUCCUCUCCAUGUGAAGAGAGCUGUUGCCACUUCGCUGUUCCUUCGCGCCCUUCGCAUCUGUGACCCCCAGUACCUGGAUGGAGAGAUCGACUUCUUUCGUCGCUCGUUCUCCAAACUGGGCUACCCUGGUCAUGUUCUCGACGCCGCGUUAUCCAGGGCACGGCGUACCUUCUACCACGACUCUCCUCCUAAAGAGACUCCUGACCUGCCCGUCCUCAGCCUGCCCUACACUGAGGAAAUCUACUCUCUCCGUCGCCCUCUUCACCCUCUCAACUGCAGGCUGAUCUUUCGCCAGGUGAACACUCUCCGUCGCAACCUGGUCCAUACUAGCCCUCCUUCCUUCGAUAAGCAGUACUUUGGCGAAACAGGCGCCAGUCUUACCAAGCGUCUGUCUCAACAUAAGUACGCUAUAUCCAGGGGACAUAACAAUAACGCCCUCUUUUGCCAUCAGUGGGACACUGGCCAUCAGAUGGACUGGUCAGCAGCGCGGAUUGUCUCUCCUUCCGCCGAUGUCCACUCCCGCAGACUGGUGGAAUCUUCCCUUAUAAAGCUGCUGCCUAAUUUCAACUUGAACAGCGGCUUUUCUCCUGCUGAUAGUCUCCUUGCUUCCCAUAUCCUCCGCCUUCUACCGUAUGCCGGCCACCCGGCGCAUAGUCCGCCCGAUCCUCCGACCUGA